AUGAUCUGCUCUUUUUGUCACCACGUCCUUGAGCUCAGGAAGGACUACGCGCUGAUCAGUAACAAGCGAGACGGCGCGGAUACCCCGAUACCACAUCACCGCGAUGGCACAAGUCUAACGGCCUCCGUGGACGCUGGAUGUUAUAUUUGCAAUCGACUUUGGGCCGCUCUGGAUGUCGAAGAGCGAUGCAAGGUCAGGCAGUCAAACGAUGAACCGACCAAACGAAAGACUCCAGCAACCGGGUCACCUCUCACUUCGGUGUUUUGGGAAGACGGAACAGCACUCGCAUAUCCCCGCGCCUUCUUACUAAAACUCGCUUUUGACCGAGGCAAAGUUUUGGAUCUGGAGAAAAGUCCACGGAAAGGGUUUUGGCGCGCAACUCUUCUGCUUCUCCCACAAGAAUUCUACGCGUCUCAACACCGAAUCAAGUCCCACUCCCGUAGUACAAGAUCCGAAGGGACCUUUCGUGUCGCACAGAGAUGGAUUACGGAAUGUCUAGCUGAACACCCACAAUGCGGUGCCAAACCGAAUGCAUCUACCGCUACGCAGUGGUACCCCAGUCGCCUCCUGGAUACAGGACCUCUAGACCAGGAGAGCUCAAGUUGCCGACUCGUCCUACCGAACAUCACCCCUAUCCGAGGCUCUUACGCGACACUUAGCCAUUGUUGGGGUACGAAGGGGUCUUUCAACCUUACAACAAGCAACUACGCACAACUACAGCAGGGAAUCGCAUUCGACACCCUCCCACCCCUAUACCGUGACGCCAUGGAAACGAGUCGUCGCCUUAACAUUCGGUACCUAUGGAUCGACUCACUGUGUAUUAUUCAGCAUGGUGAUAACUUCAUUGACUGGAAACAAGAAUCAAUGCACAUGGACAAGAUCUACUCGGGGUCCUUCGUCAACAUCUCAGCGGCCGAUGCCCCAGACGCGAAUCACUCCCUCUUUCACGACCGCCAUCCCGAUGCUCUGUGUUCGCAGAUUGUAGAGCUUCCUGUUGGUUCACAAACUAAUCGCUUUUUAUUAACGGACUAUUACUUCUGGAGGACAGAAGUUUCCAGCGCGGUCAUAAACACAAGAGCCUGGGUGCUCCAAGAGAGACUCCUCUCUCCUAGAGUGCUUUACUUUGGUCAACGGCAAAUUUUAUGGGAGUGCCAUCAAAAAGAAGACGCUGAGAUCUAUCCGGAAGGCUUACUGAUAGACCUGUCUCGGUUUCCCAGUCGGUUCAAGGGCUUCUGUCACAACCAAUUGGGCUGGAGACCCCGGGAUCACGGCGAUCUAUCAAAGUACCAUUACUGGUGCAACAUUGUGAAUACCUACACUCGAGCUAAGUUGACAUUCCCGGGAGAUAAGUUGAUUGCACUUUCAGCUGUCGCGAAGGCUGUGAGAGAGUUACUACAGGAUAGCUAUGUUGCAGGGAUGUGGCACCGCUCUCUAAGGCGGGAACUGCUGUGGUCUGUCGCUGUCGGCGAGGCGCAAGCUAGGCCAUCAGUCUAUCGAGCCCCAAGUUGGUCUUGGGCGGCGGUAGAUGGACACAUUACUCCGGGUAUCAUGGAUGUCGAAGCAGUGGAGAUGUUGAUCGAGGUACAGGAUCUACAUCUCGACUAUGUUACAAGCGAUACAACAGGCCUGAUCAGCGGUGGAUGGCUACAGCUCUGGGGAAGCCUCAAGACACUUGAGCUUCUGCCGGAUGCCUUGUUCAGCAGUCAUAGCAACAACUACGAGUUCUUGAUGAUGGUUGUCAAUGGCGUUCCGGUCAGUGUCCGUGCUGAUUCGGUCAUGAAAGAGUAUCAACCACACGUCUACCUCGAUGACAACCAGCAGUUCGUCAGCACACAGAACCAUCGACCGGAACUAUUCUGUAUGCCAGCAAGAACCAGACCCGGCAAUGACGGGAACAUCUACGUGCUAUUGCUGCAGCUUGAAGAUAGAAAAGACGGCACCUUUCGUCGCAUUGGAAUCGCCCGCGGUUGGGGCAAGGAGUUGAGGGAGAGCUUGCUAGCAAGCAAUGCGGAAGAGAGUACCUUGCCGUGCGUAAAGUAUGAGGGAGGUCGCCACCUAGUGCGGAUCGUUUAG